GAAGUGCAAUACUCCUGACGUGCGAGGCGGCAGCCUCGCCUUUCCCAUGAAUCGGGCUGCUUGGGCGAGUUCCUGUAAUCGGAUUUAAGUCGGACUUUGGGAAGAGGGACGGGGCACCUGUGCAUCUCCACACCGCCGAAUGGAUCGCAUUAGGACCGAUCAGUGACUCCGAAUCAGAAUCUUAAACCUGAAGUCUGACUCGCUACGCACUUUGACCGCUCCUCUAUCCAUCUGAAACAGCGAGCUGAACUCGACAGCAUGAGCAAGUCCGGAUCGAUCAAGAAACUCUUCUUCAAAACAAAAUCCAUAGAAAAAGAAAUUAAGGCAGAGGAGUCAAAUGCUCCCGUCCCUGGAACGCAGAAUGGAGACCAUGCGGGCGCGACGUGGUCCUGGGACGCGGGACCCGACAGUCCGGAGUUGCGGGAUAUGGGACUGACAAGUCCGACCCAAAGAAAGAAAGCGAAGUUUAAGUCCUGGAUCAAGAGAAGAACUUCGCGACGGGGAAAACCGCAUAGCGAUCCGUUCAUAUUCACGGAAUCCGAGGACACUGACACCAUAAGUAAUAAAAUGUCCUUCGACCAGGUGAGCAUGAUGACGGAGUACAGCAUCCAGACAGACGUGGGCUCGGCUGUCCGGUCUGAGGCCAGCUCCAUGUUCAACUUCGACAUGUCCCCCUCCAGCCCCGGCUCCCCCAGCAGAAGGUCCAGGAAGGGCUCGGAGGAGAAGGCUGGUGUCCUCACUCGCAUUGGCAGCUUCUUCAGCACCCGCCGGCGCAAGAGCAGCAGGAGCCUCUCCGAGACCUCCGAGGAUGCUCCCCCAGGUGCGGAGAACACCCCCACGCCCCCGCCAGAUCCGGAGGUGCUGAGGACCCCAACGGGGAGCCCGCAGUUAGAGGCCAAGUUCCCCUACAUUUCUGCGUCAGAGUUGCGCAUCGAGCAAGCAGAGCUGGGGGGCAGUCUGUCCAGCCAGGGCGAGGGUGACCUCCCCUUUGCCGACAGCGACAGCCAGAGCAGCCUGCUCGAGGUGACGACACGUGACAGUGGCACGCGAACGACGAGCAGGGAGAGGCCAGGAGGAGCUCCUACUGACGCAGGAGACGCAGGGAAUGUCUGCAAGAAGUUACAAGUGUACCUGGAGGAGACCAGCAUCUGCAGUGGGGAGGCGGCCGACGUGGGCCGGGGCGUCGUCUGCACGACUGUGAAGAAGAACUUGAAGGCCGUCACGAAGGGCAGCCCCAAGGGCGCGCUAGCGGCACCCGGCACUGCGGGGGAACCAGCGCGCACCAAGGCACCAGACAAGCCCACUAUUGCCGGCUCUGAUGAGACCGGGUCAAAAUCCACAGACCUGCUGAGCUCGGAUCCCACCCUGACGGAGGCAGACAGCAAGACAAUGGGGAAGAGGAUCCCGGGGAGGCGGAAGCUAAAAUCCCAGGAAGCCGCGUCGUCCGCUUUGCCGGACCGCGCUCAAGAGUUGGUGAGUAAGGCGGAACUUCCUGCGCCUUUGCCUGAGCCUCUCAGCAAAGCAGCGGACCCCGUUUCGGGCCAGGUGGAGCCUUACUCAAGUGGGCCGGAGUCCUGCCUGACUUCUGGCUCGGAUUCUGGUGCAUUUGCGGCCCCCCCGCCAGUUGCGGCUGCAAAGAAGGUCUCCGCAGGAGUGAUGGGAUCUCCAGAGGCUCCUGCCCUGUCCCUGCCCCCACUAGGAGGUGCUAUUGAGGAGCCGGCAAUAGCCAUAUCUGCAGCAGAACCCUCCGGGGAGGGAAGAGCAAACAGAGAUGUGUACCAGGAAGCGGCCGUUACGAGCCUGGAGGGUACCACCCAGAAUCCUGUCCCAGAGGAGGAGGCGCCGAGCACCAAGACCAAGCGCAGGAGCAUUAAGCUGUCGCAGAGCCAAAAAGUCUUUGCGAAGAAGGUGUACGUGAACACGGAUGACACCGUCGAGGAGGCAUGUAAGAGAGAAAAGGACUCGGCAAGUGCGGUGACCAGGCAACCACAGAAAACAGAGGUCAUACUGCCUCCAAAACCCAAAAAGGUGAACUUGGAGAUUACAGAGGACCCCAGGACACCAACUGACGUUGCAGCAAAAGUAGGGCUGUUUGAGGGGCUGCGUACAGCCCAGAGUAGCCAUGUCAUCAAGGUGGUAGGACCGUCCCCUGAGCCAGCCAGGGAAUCAGGCUUGGAUGAGAGCGAGCAGGCUGCUGCAGCCAUGGGGAAGAAGUCUCGUUUACGGGCCGCCAAAGUCAAGGGUGCUGGGGCCAGCCGACCAGUAUUAUCAGUGACAACAUCAGGAGAUGGAGCCCAGUCAGAGACCAGCUCCAGUGUAUUGAAGUCUGAAGGCUCCUCCCCUUCCUCUGAAGUAAAGGAUAAGACUGGAAGGACCAAAGACCAGUUAGAAAGGCACUGGGUAGAGGAAACCUCUGCUGAUACAGACAAGGCCCAGUCAGGUUUUGGAAGCAAAACGGCUGAUGUCAGGGUCCUCACAGAAAGUGAAGGGUUACCCGGAGAUAAAGCCGAGGCGGCUAAACUUCCUAAAAAGUCACCAACGGAUGCAAUCCAGAAACCAUUGUUGGUUCCUGAAUCUUCCACUGGUACUGAUAGUGUUUCGCCUUUGGAAUCUAAGGUGCAGAAAGACAAGGAAAAGGCUGCGGUGACCGAUUUCACCACAAAAGAGCAAAAUACUGUUCCGACAACAAAAGAGGAACAAAAAUCUGUCACGGAGCGGGUGAAGACACCUGAACAGAAGACCCCAGGAGCUGUCCAGCCUACGGAACCCUCCCCUACAGCAGCACUCCCAAAGGUACGGCCUAAAUCUAAAAGACAGAAAGCUAGAGAAAACCCUGAACCUGUCAGCCCAACUAGUGGAAGUAUCCCAGAGAAAGGUGCUGGAGCCCGGAGAGGUUCUUCUGAGCAGGCCCUAAAGAGUCCAGUUAAAACCCAGGCUACAACGAAAGAUCCCAGCGAUGUUAAAAAGCGAUUGCAGGCACGCAGUGAGCAAAGCACGGUCACAAAAAGCAAACUGCCCAAAGCCACGUGCCCAGAACCCCUGUCCCCCAUCAAGAAAACCAUUGAUCAGAGCACAAGGAAGAAUAAACCGAGCACAAAAACACCAGAAAAUGCUGAUGUGCCCAGCCUCGUACAGGAUUCGCCUACCGAGGCCCAGGUUGGAAUUAAGCUUCUGCAGGCAACGCAUGGGUCGGCACAGCCAGUGACUGAGGACACGGUCAGCAGUAAGACAGAGUCACCACUGUCCCCCUCGCAGUUGGACAGCAAGUUGAAGAAACUCAACGCCGAAAGCCCUACAAAGGUAAAUGAGCCUCAGAGUGACAACAGAGCGACUACAAGUGAAAAACCCGCUAUGAAUGAUGGGAAGGCAUCAACAGAUACUGGUGCAGAAAGUCCCCCAGGAGAUUCCGGAGCUGCUUCCCAGGCGGAUAGCAGCCAGGCUCCCACACCCUCCCAUGAGAGAACCUCAAACACUGCUCAAGAUGUUGGGGUAUCCAAAGCAGCUGCUGCAUCUUCAGCUUUAACUGUGCUGCCUGCAAAAAAUCAGGACAAUAACAAACACGAAGAAAGUGACCAGAAUAAAACGGACAAUAAUACAUCUACCGCCCAAUCCAACAGCCCUGUUCAAGUAACCACAGAACAAAGCCACACCAAUACAGAAGGUGUCUGUGAUGUAAACAGCGGGAGAGGUACGCAGAAGGGAGCAGAUGUAUCUGUGCCACAGGUGUUGGACAUUCAGUCCGAUCAUGCAAAAGAGCAAACUGCAGACGUGGAGCAGGUGUCACUGGAGGCCAACAUUUGUGCUGCACCCGCUAAAGCAACAGCAGUUACACCCCCUGUGACUGUGCAGGAAGGGACCACGGACACAGCAUCUGUAGGCACGGUUCCGAAAGUCACCUCAUCAAACCUGAUCUGCCCUGUUUCCAAGCCUGAAAUAAAACCUGCGUCGCCUGAAGUCUCUGAGACCAAAGAUGGAGACCAGGUUAACGAUGAGAAACCACAGAAAGACAUUCCUCAAAAACCAAAGAAGAAGUUACCAGGUCCCGCAGAGAUUAAAACAUCUACUGAGAAGAAUUGCCCUGUAGAAAACGGCUUGGGUACGCCCGAAGCUGUCAUGACUGCGACCCAGGAGUCGAGAAGCUCUGAUGUCAGUUUGAAGCGUGGGUCUCAAGAUGGGGAACAGGGAAAGCAAAAGGAGGCGUCUGGAAAGGCCGUGAUACCUCUCAGAGACAGAACUUCAGAACCCAAUGCUGUUAUAAGACAAGAAGACAAAGAAAAGGGACAGAAGACAGAGGUGCAAGCUGAGAAGACAAUGGAUGCUGUCACCACAGAAAAGACAAUUAAAAAUGGUGAUGUCCACCCUUUACCCAGUCAGGAGAAUACGUCUGAGAAGACGGAGAGUGAGGCUGGGGUGAAGGGUGAGGAAGCUCAAGUCGCAGGUUCAAAUCUUCAACCUGGCAAAGCUUCUGAGGAGAACAUUGACACCUGCUGGACUUUGUCAAUUGAACCGGUCAAGUUGGCACAGGAAACUCUGAGAGUGGUAGAAAGUGAGGAUGUAUCAAAGAAAGAAUCAGGUUCCGUCAACCGGAUGGACAAGCCCUGUCAAGGAUCCCUGCCAAGGUUACAGGAGUCCACCCAGACAAGUGCUCAGCUGGGGAGUACCUCCUCAGUCUCUGAGGUGCUUAAAGGUUCAAAGUUAACGUCUCUGCCACAGAUUAUAAAACAAACUUCAGGCACUUCCCAAUUGGGCCCAACAAACAAACCUUCACGCAGCUCGCUGACCCUAAAAGACAGCCCUUCCAGCUGGUUAGAUGUAGACCAGAGCUCUGUGAAGAAGCAGAAGAAACCUGAGAGGAAUUUGGAUGCUUCUGUCAGUGAGGAUGACACCUUGGAUACCUCUGAUGAGUUUGAGGAGUUCAUACAUAACAUCAAGAAGCUGGGUGCUCCUUUCUCCCUUCCCCUGAAAAAGCAUGUCCACACCAAGUCCCCAUCACCCCCCUUCGCCAUGCCGGCCAUCAGAGAAGACCGUUUUGAGAAGACAUUUGAUCCUGAGGAGUUUCAGUUUGGCCUGAGGAAGAAAAAGGCCCUGAAGGACCCAUCACCUGGGAUGAUGGUGAAGCUGCAGAAUGCAGAAGUGAGGAGCAAGCUCCAACCCAAGCGAUCCAGCACGGAGGACAGCCUGCUCUUCAAGCAGACCCAGCCUCUGUCCUCUGGCCUGCAGGAGAAAGGGGAGGCGGGAACAGAGACCACUGAGGAUUUGGGGACAGUUAGUUCUCGCUUGGGAAAGAGCUCCAUCCUUUCCAGCCUCAUAACCAACUCCAGGGUUUCCAAGAAGCCUGGCAAUGAGCCCGACCCCGCAACAGGCAGCAAAGCCUUACCACCGCAGUCAGGGGCAGCCUCUGGUUUGACAGACUCGCACGUGCCCCCAGGCACCGUCCAUCAGUCGGAGCUGAGCCUCUCCUCACCUCCUCCCCCUCCUUCCUUUGCUGAUAUUAAGCUUCCAGAUUAUUUGGGGAAGCUGCUCUGUCAGGACAAAACAGAGGCAGGAAGCUCUGACGGUGGCCCCCGGCACACAGAUGCCAAGGGUCCUCUGUCUGGAACUGACCUGGGUUCUGGCAAGGGCUGUGCCCCUAAAGACAGCAUUCCACCCACUGCUCUGGCACCAUUAGCUCCUUCUAGCCUGAUCCAGAUUCAGCAGGCGUCCGGAUCCAGCCUCCAUGCUGGACAUGCUGAGGUGCCGUGUGAGAAGGGCUUCCACAAGCGCCCGGGAAAGAUGGUCCUGUACGAGCGGGCUCCUUCGGAGGGGAGUGCCUACCAGGUCUACGGGGAUGUGGAUGACGCCACCUCCAUGAAACUGUCCCCAGUGAUCUCGGUCCGCGUCGUCAGAGGGUGCUGGCUCCUGUAUGAGAAGCCAGGAUUCAAAGGAAACUCCAUCGCUCUGGAGGAGGGCCCCAUAGAUCUGGUGAACGCCUGGGCCCAGGAGCCAGACCCCGGGCAGGACACACCCACACCCCCCAUGGUCAUCGGCUCUAUCCGGCUAGCUGUCCAGGACUACAGCGUUCCCCGGAUCGACCUGUUCACGGAACCAAACGGACUUGGGAGGAUGAUGACUUUCUGCGACGAGGCGGUCGACACAGGCUCCUUCGGGAUCCCGCAGUGUACGGCGUCCAUCAAGGUCCACAGUGGGGUCUGGCUGGUCUAUGAUCAGCCGGGGUUCCAGGCUCCUGUAGCAGUGUUGGAAGCGGGGGAGUUCCCCUGUCACACGUCCUGGGGGUUCACUGACCCAUUCGUCGGGUCCCUGCGGCCUCUCAGAAUGGGUGGAAUCAAGGUGGAGAACCCUAACGAACUCAAGGUGGUGGCGUACGAGAGGCCGGGCUUUGAGGGGGAGAGUCUGGAGAUCUCCAGCGAGGUGGUCAGCUUCAUGGAGGAACGGGCUGGAGACAACCCGGAGACGCCCACCAUGGAGCGAAGGAAGCUGGCUUCCGUAGGAUCCCUCAAAGUCCUCGGCGGGCUAUGGGUUGGCUACGACAGCCCAGGGUUUGAGGGCCAUCAGUGUAUCCUGGAGGAGGGCGAGUAUGAGGACUCGAAGGACUGGGGAGGUAGCAGUUUGCUGUCCCUGCGACCCCUGUUUGCCGACUUCCUGUCCCCACACCUGAAGAUGUUCAGCGAGAGAGACUUUGGCGAGAGAGGAGUCAACAUUGACCUGCUGUUUCCAAUCCCCAACAUGGAGGAGACUGAUUUUGGCAUGAAGACACAGUCCAUGGAGGUCGUUUCGGGCGUCUGGGUGGCCUUUGAGAAUCCUGGCUUUUCCGGCAACCUCUAUGUCCUGGAAAAAGGCCUGUACUCCAGCCCCGAGGACUGGGGGGCCCAGCAUGCGAAGAUCGGCUCCGUGCAGCCCGUGAUUCUGGAAAUUUUAAGCGGACUGCCCAAGUUUAAGGUUCAGCUCUUCUCAGAGCCCAGCUUCCUGGGCAGCAUCCACCUUCUGGAGGACAACGCACCGGAGCUGCCUGAGGGGUUCUUCCCGCGCUCCUGUAAAGUCCUGGCAGGCAGCUGGGUGGCGUUUGAGGAGGAGAACUUUGUGGGCCCCAUGUACGUCAUGGAGGAGGGCAGCUACAGCAGCCUGGAAGCAAUGGGCUGCCCCCACCAGGAUGUGCGGAUCCGCUCCCUGCAGACCACCGGCUUUGAGUUCUCGCUGCCCUCCAUCACCCUGUUUUCCAAGCCUGGCUUCAGGGGGAAGAAGGUGGUUCUGAAGGAUGGUUCUGUGAACCUGCCACUCUCCGGCUGUGACGGCAUCAUCUACUCACUGCAGGUGGAAGGGGGCAUGUGGGUACUCUUUGAGGAAACCAAUUUCCGCGGAAGACAAGUCCUGCUGCUUCCUGGCGAGGUGGCCGACUGGUACGCCAUGACCGACUGGCGACGCGUCGGGUCUCUGCGGCCGCUGAUCCAGAAGCCCGUCUUCUUCCGGCUGAGGAACAAGGAGACCGGGGGAGCGAUGAGUCUCAGCGGGUCGCUGGACGACAUCAAGCUGAUGCGCAUCCAGGCGCUGGAUGAGAUUGGAGGGGCCGAGCAGAUCUGGGCCUAUCAGGAUGGUCUGUUCCGAUGCAAGAUGCUGGAGGACUGUUGCCUGGAGACCACAGGGAGCGUCGUCAUGGCCGGCAGCCGGCUCGGCAUCUCUCCCGAAGUGGGGAAGGAGAACCAUUUCUGGAGCAUCACUCCGGACGGGCUGAUCUGCUGCAGCAUGAAACCGGAGCUGGUUCUGGAGGUGAAAGGUGGCCAGCAAUAUGACAAAAACCAAGUUAUUCUCAAUGAACUUGAUGAACGAAAAUUAAACCAAAGAUGGACUUUGGAGAUUCUUUGAAGCUGCAGCAGAGGAGCGGAUGUCAGAACUGCUCCACCGUGGGCCUCAGGGGCUCAUCAUGCUGCUCCACCGUGGGGCCUCAGGGUCUCACUGUGCUGCUCCACCGUGGGGCCUCACCGAUCUACAAACACUCUCCAUCAUGCGGCUCAGUUUGCUGUAUAACCAGUGUUCUCUUAUCAGGAAAACUUCCUCAUACCAGCAUUCCAUAUUCCGCCUUUUUUUUGUAACGUAACGCUCAGGCAGCACAAGAUGGCCGUGCUCCAAUUGUGCCGAGCAUCCGAGUCACACAGAUGCCUUUAAGGACCCGGCGCCAGGCCAGCGUGGGGACCAACUGCACAUCCUCCCUCCAGGAGUUUGCUCUGUUACACAGGAUCUGCAGCUCAUUGUACAGCCCAACGAAACGCCAAGCAAUUGUAUCUCCUGUAUCUCUCACACUCACACACACACACACACACACGUGCUUUUUUAUAAUCUGUUUAUUUCGGAAAGUCGGAGCUCAGCCGUUUCCCCGCAGCGCAGUUGCUUUUAAAGUUGUUCUUCCACUUUUUACUGCAUGACAUUUUCUACAUGAAGACCUGAUUUUUAUAUUGCCUGUUUUUUCUGCCCUCUUUUUACAGAACUGAUUGUUUCUUUGAUGUAAAUGUUCGCUGCCCAAACAAAAAAAAAACUGUUUUGAAUAAACAUUUUGUCUCUUCAUGUA